GGGGGGUUGCAGAAGGAGCUGAGCGGCUGCUGCUCAAUGGCGGAAAAGCCGCCGGUGCUCUGACCGCUUCGUCCCCCUAGCAGUUGCGGGGGAGUUUCCUGCCGGCGCGGCUGGAGUCUCUGUUUCUCAGGGUUCGGUGGCUGGAAGAUGCUCCAGAGAGACGAGGCUGCGGCGGAGGAGGUGGCGGCGGCCGAAUCGGCAACGGCGCUAGGGUGGAGAGAAGGCGGCAGCGGCGGCGGCGGCGGCGUGCGGGGCCCAACGGUGUAAACAGCCCCGGAGGCGGCGGAGGCGGUGGCCAAGACCCCGAGGCGGAAGCGGCGGCUGAGCCAGGGUCGCGCCUCCGUUGGAAGCCUGGGCUGAGUGCAGCAGAGGGGUUCUGCGGCGGGCGCGAGCGGACGCCCUAGACCUCGCUUCCCUCCCUCGCCCCAGAUUCAUUACUAAACAUGGGUGCAUUUCUGGAUAAACCCAAAACUGAGAAACAUAAUGCUCAUGGUGCUGGGAAUGGUUUACGUUACGGCCUGAGUAGCAUGCAAGGAUGGAGAGUGGAAAUGGAAGAUGCACACACAGCUGUUGUAGGUAUUCCUCACGGCUUGGAAGACUGGUCGUUUUUUGCAGUUUAUGAUGGUCACGCUGGAUCCCGAGUAGCAAAUUACUGCUCAACACACUUAUUAGAACACAUCACUAAUAAUGAAGACUUUAGGGCAGCUGGAAAAUCAGGAUCUGCUCUUGAGCCUUCAGUGGAAAACGUCAAGAAUGGUAUCAGAACUGGCUUUUUGAAAAUUGAUGAAUACAUGCGUAACUUUUCAGAUCUCAGAAAUGGCAUGGACAGGAGCGGUUCAACUGCAGUGGGAGUUAUGAUUUCACCUAAGCAUAUCUACUUCAUCAACUGUGGUGAUUCACGGGCUGUUCUGUAUAGGAAUGGACAAGUCUGCUUUUCUACCCAAGAUCACAAACCUUGCAACCCAAGGGAGAAAGAGCGAAUCCAAAAUGCAGGAGGCAGCGUAAUGAUACAGCGUGUUAAUGGUUCAUUAGCAGUGUCUCGUGCUCUGGGGGACUAUGAUUACAAGUGUGUUGAUGGCAAGGGCCCAACAGAACAACUUGUUUCUCCAGAGCCUGAGGUUUAUGAAAUUUUAAGAGCAGAAGAGGAUGAAUUUAUCAUCUUGGCUUGUGAUGGGAUCUGGGAUGUUAUGAGUAAUGAGGAGCUCUGUGAAUUUGUUAAAUCUAGGCUUGAGGUAUCUGAUGACCUGGAAAAUGUGUGCAAUUGGGUAGUGGACACUUGUUUGCAUAAGGGAAGUCGAGAUAACAUGAGUAUUGUACUAGUUUGCUUUUCAAAUGCCCCCAAGGUCUCAGAUGAAGCAAUGAGAAAAGACUCAGAGUUGGAUAAGUACUUGGAAUCACGGGUGGAAGAAAUUAUGGAGAAGUCUGGUGAGGAAGGAAUGCCUGAUCUUGCCCAUGUCAUGCGCAUCUUGUCUGCAGAAAAUAUCCCAAAUUUGCCUCCUGGGGGAGGUCUUGCCGGCAAGCGCAAUGUUAUUGAAGCUGUUUAUAGUAGGCUGAAUCCACAUAGAGAAAGUGAUGGGGGUGCUGGAGAUCUAGAAGACCCAUGGUAGCCUUAUAAGCCUUCUAAAAUGCUUUUGAUUCUGAAAAUUGGGGGAAAAAAACUUUUAAUCACAAUUUUCUUCAGUACAAGGGAAAAAAUAUUCUUGUGGAUUCCCAGCGUUUUGUGAUAUGAGCAGAAAAUCAUUAGCAUUUCCCAUCAUUUGUUCAUAUUUGUGUUUUCUGGUAAUUGCCACUUGUAGCAUUGCCUGUACUACAGUAUUUUUUGCCAACCUCAGGCAUACUGGUUACAUCUAUAUUGAACUUUUGACCCUAGAAACCAAUGGAGUUAUUUCACCACAAAUAACGAAUAUGCCUGAGGUGCAUGGGAAUAUAGUUAGCUGUACUCUGAAGAUACAUUAUGUGUUUUUUUUUUUAAACAAGACACACAACAUAUAAGCAUGUAAGAGUAAAGAAUUGUAUGAAAUGUUCCUUUUUUCAGUUCACCAAGUUGGAAGCCUUUUGCAGCUCUGUGACUUAAAAUUUCAUUUGAGCAAUUUACUAUAGGAUUUAUAUUUAUUAUUAAUUGUUAUUUAAUUUUUUUCCAAUUUUACCUGUAUUACCAAACUGGGUUCUCCAAUAAUGUCCAAAUUGUACUGUUGCCUGCUUCAAGAUAAAGUGUAUUUGGCAAUAAUAUUAUAAACCUUUACAAAUUUUAUGCAUGUACCUACUACAUCCUUCAACUCUCACUAGAAAAAUUUCUUGAAACCAAAUGGAUUAAUUUAUGGCUAUUUAUAAUUUGCUUUGACAUCUCACUGCUGCAAAUUUUUUAAAAUGAGAUUUGCCUUUAUAAUGUAAAUUGUGAUUUUUGUUUUACAUGUGGGUUUCUAUAGUUUUAAUUUUUCAGCUUUUAAGAUACAACAAGUUUUGUGUAAUUUGGUAUAAUUUUUAAUUGUUUACGUUAUUUUAAAAGCUCAGAAUAUCACACUGAAAUGACUAUAAAUACAUUGAAAAUUAUCUAUUUUAGAUCUAAGGAAAUAUUACAGAGAUAUUUUCAUGGGUUCAGUAACCUUUCAUUUUAUAACAUUGGGCACGGUACGGAGUGGCUGUCACAUAAGGUACUUGAAGAUUAUUAGUUUAAUUCUAUUUUUACAAUAACCUUGAAUUCUUGAAUUCUUUUGAGUUUUGCAUGUAUCCAGUUAAUGCUGAACAUGAAGAGUGAAAUAUUUAUCUAAAAGAAGCUAUUGGGGUAGGAGAAGCAAUGAAUGUAUCCAUUUGUACAUGGUUUACAUGUUGUGGAUGCUUUGUAAACAUUUUCUAUCUGUUUAAAUUGUGUUUCAGCAGGAUGUAAUUGCCCUUGUGUGUAGUUAAAAUGAGUCAUCAUCUGGUCCUGUGUGAAAUGGAAUUCAUGGUAUUUUCUGUAACAUUUUCCUGAAGCUGUUUUUGGAGAGCCACACAUUUGAAUACAGCUUUCUUGAUCAUUUGAUUUAUUGUGCACCUGAUUUUUGGUCUAAAAAGGAAUUAUUGCCACAACAUAUUUUAUUUAUUCUUUAGAUUUUAGCCUUGUAAGUUGAAGUGCUUUACAUGAUAAUGUUAAAAGCUGUUUGUCCCUUGACUGGGUUUGGGGGGUUGUUAAAAGCUAGGGAAUGAAGAAUGCAAAAUGGUUUGUUGUUCAAACUGUCCACUCUGAUCCAACCCUGUACUGAUAGUACCUUUCCAGUAUGAUAUUGUGAUGUUUCAUACAAUGCAGUGAACAUAACCAACUUGUUACCUAAAUAAAGAAUUGAUAAAAACAG